AUCAACAGUGUAGAUUCAGAUACUUCAGCCUGCCCUACUGCAAAGAAAGUAAUGAUUUCUCCUGGGUAUUCAUCAGCCUUUAAUGAAGCCCAACAGAAGUUUCAAAAAGCAAGGCCUGUGGUUAAAAGGCAAGUUAGAAUUGUGCACAAGCUGGAUAAGAACUUAAAAACUUCAGGGGGACAUAUCAUACUUAGUCCUAACAACCAGAAACUAUUGCAAGAGAAGCAGCUUUCUCAUUCUAACUGUCCCUUGUCAGUACUGACAGCUCCUCCUGGCCUCAGUCAAAGUUUGUUAGAUGGCAGCAAACUCAGUGAGUCCUUGACAGCAACAGCAACAGCAACAGGACAAUGUGGGGAGAUAGCUGCUACAACAGAACAAAAGGAGCUGCUGCUACUGUCGAAUUGGGGAAUACCCAAAGUAGUUCUGGAGAAAUAUUGGAGCUUGGGGGUGGUGAGCAUUUUUGAAUGGCAAGCUGAAUGUCUUAUGCAAAAUCGUGUAUUGGAGGGAAGAAACUUGGUCUAUUCAGCCCCAACUAGUGCUGGGAAGACAUUUGUUGCAGAAUUGCUCAUUCUAAAGAGAGUUCUGGAAAGGAGAAAGAAGGCUCUGUUCAUUUUGCCGUUUGUUUCUGUGGCAAAGGAGAAAAUGUAUUACCUGCAGAACUUAUUCCAAGAUGCGAUGGUGAGAGUAGAGGGAUAUAUGGGAAGCACAUCACCUGCUGGUGGAUUUUCAUCACUGGAUGUAGCUGUGUGUACAAUUGAGAAAGCAAAUGGACUCAUCAAUCGAAUUAUUGAAGAGGAGAAAGUAGAUCAACUUGGAAUAAUAGUAGUAGAUGAGUUGCAUAUGUUGGGGGACUCUCAUAGAGGAUACUUGUUGGAACUUCUCUUAACCAAGAUAUUAUACGUCACUAAAAAGAGAGAAAAAAGUCGUAAGGUUUCAUCAGAAGAACAGAGACUUAGUGAUGGAAUACAGAUUGUGGGAAUGAGUGCCACCCUUCCAAACCUAGGGACUGUAGCCACCUGGCUAAAUGCAGAACUGUAUUGUACGGACUUCAGGCCUGUACCUCUAAUGGAACGGUUAAAAAUUGGGAAUAAAAUUUAUGAUUCAACAAUGACAAUGAUACGAGAAUUUCAACCUGUUCUUCAGGUAAAGGGUGAUGAGGACGAUAUAGUCAGUCUUUGCUAUGAGACUGUACAUGAUGGCCACUCCGUCCUUCUCUUCUGUCCUUCUAAGAAUUGGUGCGAAAAGCUGUCUGAAACCAUAGCCAGAGAGUUCUGCCAUUUGCACCACAGUGCUGCUGUUGGCACAGAAGGAUUUGUAAAAGCAUCCAAAUUGCUUCCAUUUGCACUGCGCAGGGAUGAACUUCAGGAAAUUGUGGACCAGUUGAAGCGAUCGCCAACAGGACUCGAUGUGGUGCUUGGUCGCACUGUACCUCAGGGAGUGGGCUUUCAUCAUGCUGGAUUGACUUUCGAUGAACGGGAUAUUAUUGAGGGAGCAUUUCGUCAGGGUUUAAUUCGUGUUCUUGUGGCUACCUCCACCCUCUCCUCUGGUGUGAAUUUACCAGCUCGUCGUGUGAUUGUGAGAUCACCAGUGUUUAAUGGACGACUUCUUGACGUUAUUACAUACAAACAGAUGUCUGGGAGAGCUGGGAGAAAAGGAGUGGACACCAUGGGCGAAAGUAUAUUGGUGUGUAAAAAUUCAGAAAGAACCAAAGGAAUGAGCCUGUUACAAGGCUCUCUUAAACCCGUGCACAGCUGCCUUGUGAAGAAGGAGGGAGAGGACGUCACCACCAGCAUGAUCCGAGCCAUCCUUGAGAUAAUAGUAAGUGGUGUUGCCAGCACCCCAGAAGAUGUACGUGUGUAUACUUCAUGCACACUGUUGGCUGCUAGUGCACUUGAAAGUGAAGUAACAUCAAUCCAAGGCAACACCAUUGACGAUUCUAUUGAGUACUUGAUGGAGAAUGAGUUUAUUCAGAUACUGGAAGAGGACCGGGAAGGAGAUAAAAUUCAACUGUAUCGUCCCACACAAUUGGGAGCAGCCACUCUUGCCUCUUCCCUGUCUCCUCCAGAUGCACUAAGAAUCUUUGCAGACUUGCAAAAAGCAAUGAAAGGAUUUGUUUUGGAGAAUGACCUUCAUAUUCUCUAUCAGAUCACACCAGUCUAUGAAGAAUGGGUAACCAUUGACUGGUAUCAAUUCUUCUGCUUGUGGGAGAACUUGUCAGCCUCAUUGAAGAGAGUAGCAGAGUUGGUUGGAAUUGAAGAAGGAUUCUUGGCCCGUUCAAUUAAAGGAAAACUUAUUCCAAAGACUAGCAGACAGCACAGACAAAUGGCCAUCCACAAAAGGUUUUUUACCAGUCUUGUGUUACUAGACCUAAUCAAUGAAGUUCCUCUUGGAAUAGUUGCUAAAAAAUACCACUGUUGUCGAGGGCAACUUCAGUCACUGCAGCAAUCUGCAGCAUCUUAUGCAGGUAUGGUGACAGUGUUCAGUAACAGGCUUGGAUGGCACAAUAUGGAAAUGCUCCUCUCGCAGUUUCAGAGCCGCCUUAGUUUUGGAGUUCAACGGCAACUCUGUGAUCUGGUGCGGAUUUCCUUGCUGAAUGCACAGCGUGCACGAGCACUGUAUAAUGCUGGAUUUGGCACUAUUUCUGAGCUCGCACAUGGGAACCCUGCUGAUGUAGAAACAGCCCUGAGAAAUGCAGUCCCAUUUAAAAGCUCUAGGAGAGCAGUUGAUGAGACGGAGUAUGAAGCUCAAGAGCGCAGGAAGACGCGUUGUAUAUGGGUGACUGGAAGAAAAGGGCUAACUGAGAGAGAAGCUGCAGUGUUGAUUGUACAAGAGGCCAGGAAUCAUCUUCAACAAGAUUUAGCUUCAAUGGGCAUUGAAUGGAACCACGACCAGCUGUUGACUGCAACACAGAAGGAGCCUGCUGAGAGCAAUCAGGAACAUGAUGCUUUGGGAUGUACUGCUGAUAAGACUGAAGUGACUUGUGUGAGGAAUGCAGAAAGCCUGAUUCCCAACAGGGAAACUACCAACAAGCAGCUGUCAGAUAGCCUUCCCAAAGAAAAUAUUUGUACUGUAGUUGAUGGGAAUUGUAAGCCAACCAGUAUGGAUCAAUCAAAUGUCAGACAACAAUUUCAGAGUAAUAUUAAAGUUGAAAGAGAUAUUGUUGGAAGGAAUUGUGUUCUGGACAAAAACAGUGAUGUGAAUCAUGAAGAAAAGACUGUUGCAGAAAAUACAGUUCAAACUUUGCACCAAAUGCAGUUUGAGAAUGACUCUAAUAAUCCAAAGAAUGAAGAGUGCAUUAUUAGUGAAAAUAAACCAUAUAGUUCAAACGUUACUGGUUGCAAGUCAUCUGAGCUGAGUUCUAUGACAAGAGAAUUUGAUGAGAGUUUUCAGUUGGAUUCGCAAAUUGAGAAGAUUAUAGACUAUGCUGCUGUGGUGUUGGCUCCUUGUAAAUACCAACAGGAAGCUGAAUGCAGAGUAGAAGUCCAAAAUGUGACAGAAAAUGGUGAGCACUUUUUUAAUAUUGAAACAAAAACAGACCAGUCUGCUGGUGACACUUCAACUGAAAAUGAGAUGGUGAAAAACAAGACUGCUGUGAGACAGAAAACUCUGCAUUUAACACAUUCUAGCUCCACUGUUGGAAAGGAAAUGUCUUCUAACUUGGUGAAGUCCAUAUCAUCUCCCAACAGUGUUCCAGCUGCAUCCUCUCAAAUAGUUCAUCCUUUACUGAAAGCCAAUGAUUUAUCUUUAAUUGAUACUCAACUAGAAAACUUCAUACUAGAUUACAAGACACCAGCCUCUUCUGAAGAAACUGUCCCAGUUGUUCAAAUACUGAAUGGUGCAGUGAAUAAUACACAUUCCAGUAGUGUAAAACUCAAUUUUCAAGAACACCGAGGCCAUUCUAUUACUGACAAUGAGAAGACACUGAACAUGAGUGAUAGUCUAUUUGAUAGUUUCACCGAACUGUCCUUGUGUGAUGACAUGAAUGCACUGGAAUUUCCACCUGGUCAACAGCUUGUACUUAAAUCAGAUAUGCAUACUGAGAGCUCGACUUCCUUUAGUCUGUUUGCAGAAGAUGAAAUUCACAAUCAAAAUGAUGUACAAACUACUGAAGAAAGUUUGCACUGGAAUGAUUUGUCCUUUAAUCCCUCCAAUUUUAGAGAUUUCAGCCAAAAUGACAAUUCUCUCAUUCAGAGCUCAAAGGAGUUGCAUGUCCUAAAUCUAAAUGGGAGUGCAUCUGAUAUUACUGACUGUGUAAGACUGCAAGAUGAAAAAAUGGUGAAUGAUCAGACAAAGAACAAGCCAAAGCAAAGACCAUUAACUAAAGAGUUAUCUGAAUCUUUGGAGGAAAAUAAGGUGGUGGAUAGCAAUACCUGGAUGUGGUCAGGCACAUCACUUGAGCUAAAUUCAGGGAUGAAGGAUUUACUAAAUCAUCUGCCAGCUUCCCCAGGUCUAAAAUGUUCAGGUUUAAAUGCCCAAACCAACAGAGAAGAAACAAACCUGGAGAAUGACCACUGUUUGAGGAAAUUUACAGAAAUUGAUGGCUUUCAGAACCAUACAAAAGAAAGCUCCAAUGCUCCACAUCAACAGCAUGGUCUGGUGUUAAAUCAAACAGAGAAAGCUUUUAAUCAGGUGUCAUUAAAUCAAAACAAAAAGCUGGAUACAUUUAACCAGUCACCCGUUUCGGAAUUGGAAGAGCAGUGUGAAUCCAGGUCAGACAUUCGGAAUGAAGUUCCUCCAACACCCCCCAAUGAUCCUGUAACUCCCAAAAUCAAAAUGGCAUUUUCUGCUGUGACAAAUGAAAAAUCAGAAGAAAAGUGCAAAAAGCAAUUGUUGACCAAAAUGACCCCUGUUUGCUUAUCUCAAAAUCCUGUUUUUGGAAAAGCAGGAGCAGGAAUUUCUCCAUCUCAUCAUGUUGACUGUAGUUAUGUGAUAAAUUGCAAUGCUGAUGCUGAAGGUUCUUUCAUUGAUGAAGAGUUUUUGCUUCAACUUUCUCAAGACAAUUUAGCAUCACCACCUGGGCCCUCCAGUGCAGAGACAUUCACCAUUAUUGAUGUGGCAAGUAGCCGGGUUCUUUUCCAGACAUUCAUAAAAGAGUGGAAAAGUAAACGAAGAUUUGCACUAGCUGCUGCUUGUGAGAAAAAGGAGUGUGUUUUGUCACCCAGCUCAGAGAUAGGUGGAAGAUUUAAACAAGCCCAGGCCACAAAGAUCCAAACCAAAACUGAUGGCUUUGAAGUGAGCAGUCACAAGGACCUUGUAGUAAUUGGAUUGUGUGUAUCUUGGGGAGGGAAAGAUGCUUAUUACAUCUCCUUGCAGGAUGGUCAGCAAAACACUGGAGAUUUAAGCAACAGUUUGGCCCCUCCGCCUCUAGAUCCUGAUCUUUCUGUGAAAGACCGGCUUCUCCAUGUGCGUUCAUGCUUAGAGCAGGGUGUAACUACUGAGGCACAACGUUCAGUUAUUGUGUAUGACUUUAAACAACACUACAAAAUUCUCCUUGAGGCCUGCAAUAUCUCCAUGGAAGGCAAUUAUGAAGAUCCAAAGGUUGCAUGUUGGCUGCUGGAUCCUGGUUCCAAAGAGAGAACCCUUCACAACAUAGUGACCAAUUUUCUCCCUCAUCAACUUGCACUGUUAGAAGGGGUGAAAACAAGUCGUGGCAUUCAGAGUCUUGGGCUGGAUGUACAAGCAGAUGUCUCAGGCCGUCAUAGAGCCUCCAUUGAGUCUGUGUUGGUCUUUAAUGUAAUGAAUCAACUUAAUAUUCUACUUGAGAAAGAAAAUCUGCAAGACGUGUUUUGCAAUGUUGAAAUGAAGACCCAGUAUUGUCUGGCAUUGCUGGAGAUGAAUGGAAUAGGAUUCAGUACUGCUGAAUGUGAGAGCCAAAAAUAUAUAAUGCAGGCUAAACUUGCAGACAUAGAAGCACAAGCUUAUCAGCUAGUGGGUCACAGUUUCUCUCUGACCAGCCCAGAUGACAUUGCCAAGGUUCUGUUUUUGGAGCUCAAACUUCCUCCUAAUGGAGAUACCAACAUUAAAGGGAAGAGGACUCUUGGCUCCACAAGGAGGACAGCACCAGUGGGAGGAUGUGUCAGGCUGGCCAAACAAUUCAGCACAAGCAAGGAGGUAUUGGAGAAAUUGAAGCCACUUCACCCUUUACCAGGUUUAAUCUUGGAAUGGAGGAGAAUCACUAAUGCAAUGACCAAAGUAGUGCUCCCUCUGCAACGAGAGAAACAUCUCCAUGCUUGGCUGGGAAUGGAAAGGAUCUACUCCAUCUCACAGACGCACAGUGCCACAGGUCGAAUCAGUUUCACUGAGCCAAAUCUGCAGAACAUACCAAAGGAUUUUGAAAUUGAAAUGCCAUCAGUGAUCAGAGAGAGUCCCCCCUUCCAAGGAACAAGCAACAUUGUACUUACACGAUCCAGGAGAAGGCAAGGCCACAGCAUAAUACCAUUAUCUGGAAAGGCCACAAUGGGUGAUGGAAAGACCGAUAAAGGCCUGCCAUUUGCUGUCAGUAUAAGGCAUGCUUUUAUACCCUUCUCAGGUGGCCUGAUUUUGGCAGCAGAUUACUCUCAGCUGGAGCUACGAAUUCUGGCUCAUCUUGCCAAGGAUAACAGCCUUAUUCAGAUCCUAAACAGUGGGGAAGAUGUGUUUAAGAGCAUUGCUGCAGAAUGGAAAAUGGUGGAGCCAGCAGCAGUAAGUGACGAAUUGCGACAACAGGCCAAGCAGAUCUGUUAUGGUAUAAUUUAUGGGAUUGGAGCCAAGUCUCUCGGUGAGCAAAUGGGCCUGGAUGAGAAUGAAGCAAGUCGCUACCUAGAAACAUUCAAGUCUCGCUACAGAGGGAUUCAGGCAUUUCUACGGGAAACAGUAAAAAGUUGUCAGGAAAAUGGAUUUGUUCAAACAAUUCUUGGCAGGAAACGGUACCUUCCAGCAAUAAAGGAUCACAAUCCUCAUGUUAAAGCUCACGCUCAGCGACAAGCAGUGAACACCACUGUACAAGGAUCAGCAGCUGAUCUGGUAAAAAUAGCUACUGUUAAUAUUCAGAAACGAUUAGAGGAAACCUUCCCCUCUGUUGCCAAAUCACAUGGUCACUGGAUGUGUAAGGUUCAUGGAGACCGAAGACUGGGUAUCACUGAAAAGAAGAAACAGCGAGAAAUGUUACAACCAGAAAGCGGAGGUUUUUUCAUCUUGCAGAUGCAUGACGAACUCCUUUAUGAAGUUGCAGAGAAUGAUGUAAUACAGGUUGCUCAGAUAAUGAAAAAUGAAAUGGAAAAUGCCAUGAAACUGCUGGUAAAACUCUCUGUCAAAGUAAAGUUUGGUCCCAGUUGGGGCAAUCUUCAGGACUUAGCCUUGUCAUGAAGAACUUGACAAAUUAAAAAAUGUAAAUUAAUUAAUUUAUUCUAUACUGAUUGAUAUAUAUAUAAUAUAAUUAUAAUAUAAGUUAAUAAAUGGUGCUACUUAAGAUAGUUUCAAGAAAAUGGAAGCAUGUUUUGGUGAUUAAGUUAGAAUAUCUUUUUAAUGAAAGCAGAUCGUUAGAUUUUCAACAAUGAAUUGCUGACAUUGGUUAAUGAUAUUUAGUGAUCAGCUUGAUAAAAGGAUU